CCUAAGCUGUUUUGAAUGGAUGAGGUAAGGAAAUUGUGCAUUCCUGCCGGUUUAGCAGGUUUGGUGAAUACUAUUCAGCUGCUCCCUGAAAUGCCAUUGCCAACACCAUCACCUCAGACACUGAGUAAUAAAUCCUUGUUAUUCCAUCCAAGAGUAGCAGAGGAAGCUCAGAAUUUACUUGGUGUUAGGGAUGAGUGCUUAAUACCCCAGUUGGUAACUUCCCUGGAACAGACUUCUGCUGAGCACAUAGAAGUUAAAGAUAACUAUGCUGGCUCAGAGACGCGUCUUGAGCAAGCAUCUAUGCCAGAGCUGCUACGAGCUAUGCUAGAUACAAAUCCACAUGUCUUCAAGGGUAAUAAACAUCGACUGGAGGAAUGCCAGCCACAACCAGUAGCUCCGCUCGAGGAACAUCAACCAGCAGCACCUCCCGGGGAACAUCAACCAGCUAGCCAACCAGCUCCUCCCGAAGACCCUCAGCCAGUAGCGCCUCCUGAAGACAAUCAACCUGUAGCACCUCUCGAGCAUUCGCAACCUGUAGAUCCCCGUGAAGACUCUAAGCGAGAAGCGCCCCCUGAAAAGUCUAAACCGGAAGCGCCUCCUGAAAAGUCUAAACCGGAAGCGCACCCUGAAAAGUCUAAGCCAGUAGCGCCUCCUGAAGAGUCUAAACCAGAAACGCCCCCUGAGAACUCUAAACCAGAAGCGCCUUCUGAAGACCUUCCAACAGAUAGCUUCAGUGCAUUGGUAAUUGGAAAUAAGAGGAGGAGAGUUGUUAAAGAGGAGCAAGUACCGGAGCCUGUGGUCGAGAAACCAAAAUUGCGGAAGGUGGAGAAGAAGUUCGUACCCGUGUUGGAGAAGCUAUCUUUGGAGGAGCUUAUGGAAACCAACACCUACCAUAGGUUCAACAAGUCUAUCGAACAUAUCUUGAGGUCAUCUGAGGACAUUGAUGUUACUGAAAUUGCCGAAGAUGGCAUGAUACAAGAAGACUACCUCCUUAGUAGAUCAACAAUGCAGGAAUUGUGUACAGAAGCUGCAAAGCUAAAGAACCUUGGUGCUAUGGAAAUGAUCCCCACAGAAAAAUUAACACGACUGCUGAAUAUCUUGGAGCUGAAUAUCAGAGGUGGGGAUAGAGUAUCGCCGAUCAGUGACGAAGAUAAUGAGAGUAUUCGGCAAAUCUGGCUGGAAGCAACAAUGGAACGUGUUAUGGGCGCAGCAGACGCUUGUCUAGUCUGCAUGUACAUCAUGACCUCCCGAAACAUGUCGAAACGCGUCUAUCUCGAAGACGUAAUUGACAGGGUGGUGCUUUAUAUCAAAUACCAACUCCACAAUACGAUAUUUCCAUCGUAUGACUCCACCUAUCGUUUGGACAAUAAAAAGAAAGAUGGUAGAAAAAAGAAGAAUACCCAUGUAUCUGAAAGAGGCGUACAGGUUUUGUAUACGAAGAUCUCCGAAUUGGUGAACCUGUUGGCAGAAUUGCUGAAUUUUCAAGUGCUCACCGAUACUUCCGUACUCCACGCAUCCUCUAUGGGUGUGUCGCCGUUUUUUGUCGAGAAUGUGGACGAGCUGCAGUUAGCCUGUCUGAAGCUUGUCACAACGAUAUUCACAAAAUAUGAAACUCAUCGGCGUCUACUGCUUGAUGACAUAUUGGCGUCGAUGGCCCGUCUUCCAAGUUCCAAAUGCAGUAGGACGUACAGGCUGAACAGCAAAGAACGUAUACAGAUGUUAACCGCUCUUGUUUUGCAAUUGAUCCAGUGUGUUGUUACCUUUCCCGAUAACUUCUUGCAGAAAAAGGACAAAAGUUCCAGUGAUGACAAAGAAAAAGCACCAGCGGUUGAUACUGACGUAUUGAUCUGUAGCAAAUACGAAAAAGCGACUUCUACUGCUGGAACGUUUUUGGCAGUAUUCCUAAAUAAAUGUGGCAACAAAGUGGAAGAAGUUGACUAUAGACCCCUAUUCGAGAAGUUUGUAGAAGACCUGCUGUUGACUGUUAAUAAACCACAAUGGCCUGCGACUGAACUUUUACUGUGCUUGUUAGGGAAAAUGCUAGUCAAGAAUUUUGCUAAUAAAGGCACUGAUAUGUCGCUUCGUGUUGCUAGCUUAGAUUACUUGGGCGUAGUCGCCUCAAAACUCAGGAAAGACAGUGUAUUGACCAAAAGUAUGUUGAAUACUAUCGACCAAAUGAUCAAAGAUAUCAGGCAGGAAGAGAUGAAAGACAAUGAAGAAACGUCUAAAUCGAAGAAGAAAAACAACACCAGUUACACUGAAGAGGAAAGGACGCAAUUUCUGCAACGUGUGCUGUUAGAUUUUUUAUCGUUGAAUUCUCAAAACGACGAAGCUUUCAGACAUGCGCGACAUUUUUACAUCGCACAAUGGUACAAAGACGCGGUUACUGAAAAGACUCAGUUGGCAACUGGUGGUGUUAAGAAGAACAAUGCAAGAAACAAUCGUAAAGCUAAGAGAUUCGAGGAAAGUGACGAGUCUGGAGACGAAAAGGAAACUGAUAAGGAUGAUGACAGUCAAGAGAAUGCCGAAAAAUUUAAAAUCAUCGAAGAAAGAAAGAAAUUUCUAUUGAGCAAAGUAAAACCAUUCCAAGAAACCAUGUCGUCUGGUAACCGGAUACGGGUUUUUCAAACCUACAUUGAUCAGAACAGUGCUGAACUCAUCGCUCAAUACCUGGCAUCAAAGAGGUACUUCUCGCAAAGCUUCGAUCACUACUUGAAAGCUAUUUUAUUCGUUUUAAAAGAAACUUCAAUAGCAAUAAGAACUAGAGCAAUGAAAUGCCUGACCAUGAUCGUAGCUGCUGACCCAUCGGUUCUUGGUCGCCACGACAUGCAAAUGGGUGUCAAUCACUCUUUCCUAGAUCAUUCUACCUCCGUUAGAGAAGCUGCUGUAGAUCUAGUGGGCAAGUUUGUUCUGAACCGACCCGAAUUGAUUAGCAAAUAUUACGAGAUGCUCUCGGCCAGGAUCCUGGAUACCGGCGUCAGUGUCAGAAAAAGGGUGAUAAAAAUAUUGAAAGAUAUUUGCAUCGAAUGUCCGGAGUUUCCAAAAAUUCCCGAAAUUUGUGUGAAAAUGAUCAGACGAGUGAACGAUGAAGACGGAAUAAGGAAGUUAGUGAUGGAGGUGUUCCAAAACAUGUGGUUCACGCCGACUGACGAUGCCUCGCUGCUAAGGAAAGUGAUGAACAUCACAGAUGUUGUAGCGUCUUCCAAGGAAAUCGGGCUUGAAUGGUUCGAGCAAUUGCUACUCAGCUUGUUCAAACCAAAAGCGGACAAAGAUGACUCCACCAAAAUAGCCACAGAGCCGCCAGAAGUAUUACUUUUAGCUUGCCGACAAAUUGUCAAUUGCCUUAUAAAAAACAUUCUCACCUUAGAAGAAAGCAGUGUUGAGAAUAGCGGUUCAUCACAAAGGCUUAUUGCUUGUCUAACCACUCUGCAAUUGUUUGCAAAGAUCAGGCCCCAGUUGCUGGUAGAACAUGCUAGCACACUUCAACCAUACUUGGGUCUAAAGUGUCAAUCGAUAGGAGAUAUUCAGAUCAUCAGCUGUGUUGCUAGAAUGCUAGAACUGGUGGUGCCUCUGAUGGAACAUCCCAGUGAUACGUUCUUAGCUCAACUAGAAGAAGAUGCCAUCAAGCUGGUCUUGCAACAUGACAGACCUAUAGUCAGCAGCUGUUUGUCAUGUUUAGGGUCAAUCAUCAACAAAGUUACCCAUAACUAUAAGCUUAUCAGGGAUUGCUUCAAGAAAUAUUACGAUUAUCUGAUCAAGUAUAAGACAUGGAUGGAGGAAGAUUUCAUAGAAAUAUUGAACGACGUUAAGCUGAAGCCAUAUUUUAGACGAGCUUUGUUUAUCGUUGGUAUGUUGUUAAGGCAUUUUGAUUUCAAGGAUCCUGAGGUGCUAGGAGACCUUUCGCCUACCACCAAGGACGAAGUCUAUGAAACCAUGAUGUUUUUUCUGAAAAGAGACGACAUUGAUGUUCAGGCGAAUACCUUGAAAGCCAUAGGUUCAAUAUGCAUUAGGCAUUAUGAGUUUAUGUUAGAAAAUCAGUUGAAGAUGUUUUACCAUAAGCAACUUACGACGGAUGAUGCGCCACUGAGGAUGAAAAUUGAAGUACUUGUAAAUAUAGAAAAUUAUUUGGUUGAAGAAAAUAACAGAAUGAUUCAGCAGGAUUUAGAAUGGAAAAAGCGUUCGAAAGACGAAAAUUUAAAAGAAAUGGGCGACGUUUCUUCAGGAAUGGCAAGUACAGUGAUUCAGCUGUAUUUAAAAGAAAUAAUGCAGUCAUAUUUAUAUCAUGACAUGCAAGUGCGGCAGGUGGCACUACGUGUCAUGCAGCUUGUGCUAGAACAAGGUCUGGUUCACCCUGUUCAUAUUGUACCAUAUCUUAUAUGUAUGAGCACGGAUAUUGAAAAGGUGAUAUCACAUAGUGCAGAUAAGCAGCUGUUGGAUAUAGAAAAGAAAUACCCUGGUUUCAUUCAUACUAAGUCUUCCUUGGGCAUAAGGUUGUCUUAUGAACUGCAGAAAAUUAUGCAGGAUAACAGCACAAUUGUCAGAGGCUGGAGGGUGAAAGAGAAAGGAGAAUACCCGUCAGCCUUGAACGGAUAUUUAUACAGUAUUCUAAGAAAUUCCCGACAACAACGACGUGCCUUAAUACUUAAUAUUUUGAAGCAGUUUGACGAACAAGCUCGUACAAGUUUGUCUCACAUGUUGUAUCUAGCAGAUAAUUUGGCUUAUUUCCCCUACCAAGUACAAGAUGAACCAUUAUUUAUAUUUCAUCACAUCGACAUAAUGAUCUCAGUUUCUGGAACUAACCUAUUACAAUCAUUUAGGGAGGGUUUGAUAAUGACGGAAGGCCAACAAAAACAGAUAAUGGAGAGCGAAAAUAACGAAGGUGCGUUGCAUGCUAUUUCAGCAAUAUCAGCACUUGAUGAAGAUGAUGAGGAUGAAGGAAUGUUAUUGUCCCGUGUACCUGAAGAUACAAGUCAGCUACAGGCUUGUAUUACAGCAGCCCAAGGCUGUUUCCUCCUGCUCAUGCUAAAGCAGCAUAUCAAGGAUGUGUAUGGUCUGAGCGACGGUAAAAUACAGCUGUAUUCACCAUCGGAGCCAGCCAAAGCCUAUGAAAAGGCAAUAACCAGGAGGUCGAAUGCUCUCUUCAACCCUAAGUCUACCUUGCAUAAACUGAAAGAAGGUAAUCCACCCACAUGCCUGGAUGAAGAAGGUCGAAGAGACCUCAUUCGGCAGUACCUAGAUUUUAAACAGCUCAUGCUGCAACUAGAUCCGGAUGAUCCUGAUGACGAGGAAAAUGCUCCAAAGGUACUCACUGCAUUGGCAAAUACAAAUCAACAAGUGAACCAAAUUGGGACUGUCUCCUCCAUACUUACCGAAGCUGAUCAGUUUGUACUCGACAAUUACAAGGAUACUCAACCUAAAGUGCCCAAACUGGUGAUAUCGAACAGGAGGUUUGAAAGUGAUACGAAACGCACCCCUAGAACACAGAGAUCAACCGAUAAGACGAAAAAACACAAACAUAAAAGGAAGAGGAGGAAGUUUGUAAGUUCGUCAGGAGAUGAAAGUGAGAAUGACUAUAGUGAUCCAGAUUUCCUGGCCUAGCUGUGCGCCCACAUGAACAGUUUACACUGUUCGAACCUGUACAGUGAGUUAGCUAAUCAUCAGCGAAAUAAAUACAAGGAUAUUAAGAAAAAUUAUUGUUUUUAUAAACAAGAGAACUUUCUAAAGAUUUUUUGUAUGAAGUAGUAACAUACUUUAAUAUGUAAAUGAAUGUGAACGUUGAAAACAUUUAUUUCAGAAAAUUGGUGAUUUGUUCUUUCUACUUUAAUUUUGUAGAGGUCGCAUUUUUAGUAUGGAUGCAUGUAUAUACAUAAUAUAUACAGCAUUAAUGGGAGUAUGGAAACAGCUAAUUAUAAUUCGUAAUCAUUGUUUCCUGCAAAUGCUGUAAAACAGCAAAGCUUAUGUUCGUCGAAGACUUUGAACUGGGCACUGAUUAACAGCUUUUUAGUUUGUACAAUUCAAGAAGUCGAGGGUUAUCAGGACAACUAUCCUGAAUUGUAUAUUUUGUACCCAUAUGCUGGAUUUUUAUCUUUCAUGGAAAUGAUAUUGUACAGUUACAACAGCGUAAAUAAUUUAGGUCAUUGCGUGAAAUUGACGUUCUCUUAUAUUGCAAGGUGUUGAUAAAGGACCUGACCUAGGCCGAGUGGUUGGGUGAUUCUAAGAAGAAAAGAUCAUACAAACAGAUUUGUUAAUGGUUCGUUUCAGAGAUUUCAAACUUUUUUUCACAAAAAAUCGUAACCCGAUUUUGUUGAAGCUUUAUUAAAACCCUAUAUUAUCGUAGCCUUUUAGAUCACUCGAUUCAUAUCCGUAAAAGUUUUCCCCUUAGAUGUGUUUCGACCUAAGGAAUCACCUCCCAGAAAAUUGUGUCUUGUGGAAUAACCUCCAUUCAAAUAAGAGAUCUGAAUUAUCGAAAAUUGAUAUAGUUGAAGUGGGUUCCCUAAAGAUGUAUUGGAAAUAUAAAAUUUCUUGGAUGAUAAAAAGGUUUUAUCGUCAAAUUUAAUUUGGAAAUCUCCAACACAAAAAAUAAGUACUACUAAAAAGUUUUUGCUUUGCUUUUUGGGAUAUCAUUUCCUUUGAAGGGUAACAGUGUUUUGAACAUUGCUAAUUUAUUUGCCUCAUUAUGAUGAUGCUUAUAAUAGGAGAAUCGAUUAUUCAGAAAACUAUGUGCCCGAAUUUGUCUGAAUUUUCCUUAAGUCUUGUUCGCACGUAGUAGUGUAUGUAUAUAUUGAUUUUUAUAUUGAUCGAUAGAAGAAAAUAUAUUUUUCCGAAUCCAUAUCCUCGAGUUUUGUUCGCAUCUGGAAGGUGUAUAUAUAUUUUUUUUCGAAACCCGGCGGAAGUAUUUAAUAUCCGAUGUUAUUAAAUUCACGAAUGAGCAUAUAUGUACCUGAACCCAGUUUUCUGUGUCUACAUUAUUUCUGUAUAUGCCACUGGUCAAGAUUUUUCAAGUGAUUUUCAGUUUAGUGAUUGAACACUGCUUCAAACUUCUAUUGUCUGUAAAAUUUGAUUUUCACAAAAUGUAUAUCAACCAAUUUGUAGACUAAUGAGACACCCGCUCCUUUUUCGUACGUUUUAUAUUUUCUCCUGAUCACCGCAUUUCCAUACGUCUAAUUUGCCGAAAUUGAAAAUCUCCAGGCCAUCCAAACCUUGUGAAGUGAAAAUUUUACAAAAAUAGUUAUCCGGAGAAGAAUUCUUGACCAUCUGGAGUUUGUAUAUUGUAAUAAUCUCCAUUCAAAUAAGAGAUCUGAGUUAUAGAAAAUUGAUAUAGUUGAAGUGGGUUCCCUAAAGAUGAAUUGGAAAUAUAAAAUUUCUUUGAUGAUAAAAAGGUUUUAUCAUCAAAUUUAAUUUGGAAAUCUCCAACACAAAAAAUAAGUAGUACUAGAGUCUUUGCUUUUUGGGAUAUCAUUUCCUUUGAAUGGUAACAGUGUUUUGAACAUUGCUAAUUUAUUUGCCACAUUAUGAUGAUGCUUAUAAUAGGAGAAUCGAUUAUUCAAAAAACUAUGUGCCCGAAUUUGUAUGAAUUUUCCUUAUUUCUUGUUCGCACGUGUAUGUAUAUUUUUUUUAUAUUGACCGAUAGAAGAAAAUAUAUUUUUUCGAAUCCAUAUCCUCGAGUUUUGUUCGCAUCUGGAAGGUAUAUAUAUAUUUUUUUCGAAACCCGGUGGAAGUAUUUAAUAUCCGAUGUUAUUAAAUUCACGAAUGAGCAUAUAUGUACCUGAACCCCGUUUUCUGCGUCUAUAUUAUUUCUGUAUAUCGGGCAAAAUUUUUCAAGUGAUUUUCAGUUUAGUGAUUUGGUAACUUAACACUGGGCCAAACUUCUAUUGUCUGUAAAAUUUGACUUUUACAAAAUGUAUAUCAAUAAAUUUUUAGACUAAUGAUACACCCGCUCCUUUUUUGUACGUUUUAUAUUUUCCCCUGAUCACCGCAUUUCCACGAAUUUGUAUGAAUUUUCCUUAAGUCUUGUUAGCACGUAGUAGUGUAUGUAUAUAUUGUUUUUUAUAUUGAUCGAUAGAAGAAAAUAUAUUUUUCCGAAUCCAUAUCCUCGAGUUUUGUUCGCAUCUGCAAGGUGUAGCAUAUAUGUACCUGAACCCAGUUUUCUGUGUCUGUAUUAUUUCUGUAUAUGCCACUGGUCAAGAUUUUUCAAGUGAUUUUCAGUUUAGUGAUUUGGUAACUUAACAGUGUUUCAAACUUCUAUUGUCUGUAAAAUUUGAUUUGCACAAAAUGUGUAUCAACCAAUUUUUAGAUUAAUGAGACACAUGCUCCUUUUUUGUACGUUUUAUAUUUUCCCCUGUUCACCGCAUUACCAUACGUCCAAUUUGCCGAACUUAAAAAUCUCCAGGCCAUCCAAACCUUGUGAAGCGAAAAUUUUACAAAAAUAGUUAUCCGGAGAAGAAUUCUUGACCAUCUGGAGUUUGUAUUAUUUCAAGUUACAGUCAAACCUCACAAAAAAUUAUGUAACUCCUUGUAUUUGAAAAUUGUAUCUUGUGGAAUAAUCUCCAUUCAAAUGAGAGAUCUGAGUUAUCGAAAAUUGUUAUAGUUGAAGUGGGUUCCCUAAAGAUGAAUUGGAAAUAUAAAAUUUCUUUGAUGAUAAAAAGGUUUUAUCAUCAAAUUUAAUUUGGAAAUCUCCAACACAAAAAAUAAGUAGUACUAAAGUAUUUGCCUUGCUUGUUGGGAUAUCAUUUCCUUUGAAUGGUAACAGUGAACAUUGCUAAUUUAUUUGCCACAUUAUGAUGAUGCUUAUAAUAGGAGAAUCGAUUAUUCAAAAAACUAUGUGCCCGAAUUUGUAUGAAUUUUCCUUAUGUCUUAUUCGCACGUGUAUGUAUAUAUUGUUUUUUAUAUUGAUCGAUAGAAGAAAAUAUAUUUUUCCGAAUCCAUAUCCUCGAGUUUUGUUCGCAUCUGGAAGGUGUAUAUAUAUUUUUUUCGAAACCCGGUGGAAGUAUUUAAUAUCCGAUGUUAUUAAAUUCACGAAUGAGCAUAUAUGUACCUGAACCCCGUUUUCUGUGUCUAUAUUAUUUCUGUAUAUCGGGCAAGAUUUUUCAAGUGAUUUUCAGUUUAGUGAUUUGGUAACUUAACACUGCGUCAAACUUCUAUUGUCUGUAACAUUUGAAUUUACAAAAUGUAUAUCAACCAAUUUUUAGACUAAUGAUACACCCGCUCCUUUUUUGUACGUUUUAUAUUUUCCCCUGAUCACCGCAUUUCCAUGCGUCCAAUUUGCCGAAAUUGAAAAUCUCCAGGCCAUCCAAACCUUGUAAAGUAAAAAUUUUACAAAAAUAGUUAUCCGGAGAAGAAUUCUUGACCAUCGGGAGUUCGUAUUAUUUCAAGUUACGGUCAAAUCUCACAAUAAGAUUAUGUAGGGGAGACCGGGGCUCCUUGGUCACUUUUCCAUCAAAACUUUGUUAACAGAAAAAUAAUUUGAGUUGAUCGCGUCAUGAAAGACUUACAGCUAAACCGUUCUUAGUUGCUUCCAUACUCCAAGAGUUGUAUAUAUUGAAAAUUAUUUAUAUUUUGUGAGGGUCUCUCCGAUAGUUAUAUAGAUUUAAUUCGCAUUUCUUUUAUAUAAUUUGAGUGUAUAUCAGGGGAUCCAAAAAAAUGGUCAAGUGUGACCUGUUUGGCUUAUUGAACUAGUUGAAAUUCCUACUCCAUUGUUAGUUCGCUUUAUGAUAUAUAUAUAUAUAUAUAUAUAUAUAUAUAUAAAAGAUGAUAACGUUUCUUUAAUCAAUUCAGAGAGCAGGAUUCAAAACAAUUUAUAGACAAGUGUCAUGUAUCGAGCGAUAACGACCACUGGUAUUCGUUCAUAAAAAAAAAUCUGUAAAGUAUUUACUACACGUUUCACGUGUAUUCUGGAGAAAUCAUUUAUAUAUCAUAAAGGGAAUACACCUACCUAUCACUAAGUGAUAUAAUAAGCAGCUUUUAUAUUUAACCUGGACAUAGUAGCAAUUUUGACAUUGGUAGGUGCUUGAGAAUUGAUUCAUUUAUUCAUUCAUGCCAGAAAUAUGAUAUCUCAAAGGCGUUAUUUUUAUACAAAGUAUGGAAGAGAAUAUAUUCGUCACUAAAAGUCACACUUGUCAUACAUUUUGUUACGUAUCCUACUGAUUAAUUAGCCUGUUUUAAAUUUAGGAUGCAGUAUGUGCGCAGAUUUAUGAAUUUUUGUUUCAAAUACGCUUGUUCACUGCACCUGAACAAUUUCUAUACCUCAUAUCGUGUUGGUUCAAGUUGUUUUGUUUUGAAAAUGGAGUUUGUUCCAUUAUCCUUUGUAUUAAGUAAUCCCUAAUAUGGUUAUUGAUGAAAAAUUUCCUUUAUCAAUGAAUUGGAAAUAAAUUUGAGUUUCGUGCAUUUUUACAUAAACUAUACAGGAGUAAUUUCUCAUAAUGCUUCUGCGAAGUCCGUAUUCCACUUUCAUACAAGGUUUAUGGUAUAAAAAAUACAAUGAGAUGAACAUGGAACCAAUGAUUGUCAUGAAAUAUUCUGAAUAUUGCACCAGUCAUUUCGUUUAGCUUUCUAAAUAAAACUUUUGUAAAUCGACGAUCAUCUUGUAUAUUUGAUAGCCCUGUACAAAAGUGAAAUUAGCUAUAUUCCUGGUACCGGUGGUCAACCCAUGUCGGAUUUGACUAGAGAAGUCUUGUGAAUUACGAAAAAAAACCUCAAUGUUCCUCGUCUGUUCAUAACAACUGAAAAUAAGUUUUGAUAGAUUCCAAGUACUUCACUGAUAGGCCAUGUGUUAUUGAGAAGUUGAGAAUAGCAUGUUGCCUGUCAAUGUAUUUUAAGGAAUCCAGUGGGAUCUGUUGAAAUUUCAUAUUUUCGGUGGAUUACCUUACUAUGAAAAACUUUGUUUGGCCAUCAGUGACAUUAAAGUUGGGUACCAGAAAUCCUAUAAAGCUUGGAAAAAAUUAUAACUCUCCUAAAACUACGUGUUAUCAGUCGUAGUUAUGACUAGGGUUGCCAUAAGUCUCGCAGCAAAUAUCGGGAUUAGCACUUAUGCAAAUUUGGACCUGGCAGUUUCAUUAAAAAAGGCCGUUUUUGAAUAAGAUAUGAUUUAGGCAGCAGCGGUGGCCGCAGUAGUAGACUCUUCGGUCUCCCGAUCAGUCGCCGUGCGCUGUGCGGGUUCGAGUCCCAUCCCAGGAGAAAUUCUUCUCUUGCUAUGGAUGUUGUGAUUGUCCGUAGGUGGUAGACGGUCUCUGACUGUCGAACGCGGAGGUACCACCCGGCUGUUCUCGUAGGCGGAACCAUGUUGCAUGCACACGUGUUCCCUCGCCAGAGUCCGUGUGGCGUUCCCCCUUUCCCAUGUAUCCCCUAUAUAUAUAUAUAUAUAUAUAUAUAUAUAGCUAUAGCCCCACGGUACCCAAUGGGUGCUUAGGCCUUAGGCCUUCGUGGUAGUUGGAGUAUAAAAAAAAAUAUAUCAAAUUAUUUGUGUAUUUGGAAAAAUAGUCCACGACUUGUAUCUUUGCCCAAACUAGUGACAUUCUCAUAAGAUUAUAACAGCUAUGUAAUUUCACAAGUUUAGGUAGUUACAGACAGAAAAUAUCUGUUACCGAUAAAAUCAAUUGUAAAUUAUGUAUGUGUAUUUCAGUGAGCAAUAGAUUAAAGUUUGCACCUUUUAUACAACAGUCAUGUAAAAUGUUAUCAUUCAAAAUGAAAAAAAAAUACGAAUGGAAUCUUAAAGGUGAAAAGAAAUGUUAACACACACACACUAACGUGUGCUAUAGGGAUGUUUAAAAGCAGAUUAGGCUUGAUAUUUUUAAAAAUUGGCAUUCUGUAUCUCUUGUGAAAACGUAAAAAAUAUUUUUUUCAAAAACUCCAGGUUCUUUACACUAAACCCCUAAAAGUUGAAAUACAGAAAAUUAAAUAUUUUCCUCAAACUAAGUUUCUCAAGAAUUCCUAACGUAAAGACACUAACGUGGUCUCCACCAUUUUUCUGAAUUGCUUGUUUAUAGCUAAAAAAACAAAUAAAUCAUCUUUUCGAUUUUUUUCACGUUGUUUUUUGGCUUUUAUCUACGUUAAAAAAUUAUCUUUCAUACGACCAAAUUUCUGGAUUACAUAUUAUAUUUCAAAAAAUAAGUUAUGGUGGAACUAUAAAUAGAUAGGCAUCCCCUAGAGAUUUCUUCAUUACAUUUUGUAUAAAUUUAUUGUAUUCGCUACUUGUAAAUAAUAUAUUAGACGUGGGGAUUGGUUUUUGGAAUGUGUUUGGUAAUGGUUGUGAAAUUAUAUAUCUGCUGACUGGUUAUUAUAAUACUGUCAAUAUGUCACAUUAUGAUCGAAUAUUGCCUCUCCAUGAUUUUAGUAUGAUACACAGGUACUAAAAUUGUGUAUUUUCUCUGUGAAACUCUUUUAUCGCUUAAUUCAUAUUUAAAAAUAACUGCAUGUUUCGAUGUCUGUUCUUCUUUUUUUUUAACACAAGAAAAUAGACGAAUAAAAGCGAAAGCCUCGAAAUGAAAGAUGAGGAAAAUUACCACGGACUUGUUUUGACUGUAUAUAAAUUGGCGCAAGAGUCUCGUGUCGACGACCUGAAUUAUUAAAGGUCAAACGUCUCAGAAAUUCUUCUUUUGCGAAUAUCUUGUUCGGCAAACACUGAAUGCUAUUUCGAGCUAUUUACUUGAACUUAUUCUCAUUUGUGAGCACAUAUGAGAUAAAAGAGCUCCACCCUUUCAGAACAUGCACGAUUUUGACUCUGAAAAUUAAGUUGGAUAGAUGAUUACGCCCAAAAAGUUGGUCAUGAAUGCGCCAAAAACACUGCUCUUGUGAAAAUUAUUAUAUUGAGCGUUCUUCCUCCACGCAGGUACAAUACAGUAUUUGUAGAUGAUAGUUAUGUCAUUUUAACCGCAAAUCGUAAAUACGGAUUAACGUUUGUGAAUGGCGCGAAGCGUACGCGGCGGGCGAUGAUGGCUGGUGUCAUGUGACGUCACCACUCAGUCUCAUAUGAUUACCAAAAAAUUCCAUCAAUCUCAUGAAACCAUACUAUUAUUAUUAGGUAUAAAAUGUUUAACAGCGUGUGGGGUAACAGCUAUACGUGGUGAUAGUUCAGAAGAGAUUCAAAUAUUUUGACACAUCUCACAUAUAUUUGGCCAAUUAUUGCUAAAGGGUUUUCCCUAAAGGUUGCUUCAAAGUUUACAGAAUAUCUUAGUUUGUCCACUUUAAACAAAUUAAUAUCUGGAAUUAUGCUUAUGGGAUGAGUUUUAUCAAAAUGGCAAAUAUUGGUUCCACAAAAAAAAACUGUCUUGUGUAAAUAAUGAAGUGUAUAACAUUCAACAGUGUGAUCAAAAAUAAAUCGCAACAAAUCACUAGUAUUUACAUUCUACUCAGUUGUUGUAAAGACUUGUUAAUAUUUAUGUAGUGCUUGAUCUUAAGUUUGUCCAUGACUAUCUUUAUUUGAAAUCCUAUUAACCAGUCUCUACAACUAAAAAAUGAGAGAUUUGAUUUGAUGUUCAGUAUUAUAUAUCUAAAAUGUUGAAGUGCAAUUUUAUUUUAACAUAAUUUAAUAUCAUUUUCUACUGCACAUAAAGUAAAAAUUAAGUUACUAAAUUUUAAGCAGGUUAUUUAGAAAGUAGAUGUUUAGUUAAUGUCAAUUGUUAGUGAAUGUAUCAUGUCCUUGAUGGUUGUUUGUUUUGACCAUAAUUUUAAUUCUGUAAAUUAAUGUAUGUUUGGUCAUACAAGCAUCAUUUCAGGGUUUUCCAUUGUAAAACUCCUCAUUUCUAUUUAAAUAAAUUUAUAUUUGUAAUGAGCCUAUUUUAUUUCAUGUAAGGGACAUAAAAGGUCAUUAACCUGUAC